AUGGUCCAACUAGUGACUGGAUUGUUGCUUCUCCCUUUGGCCUUGGCCGCGUCCAUUGACCGCCGUCAGGCCUCGCCGAGUCUGAACACAUUGAUACAGAAUGCCGGCAAGAAGUUCUGGGGCCAGUGUGCGGAUGAAGGCCGCUUGACGGAGAAUUCCCAAAAUCCGGCCAUUUAUAAAGCCGAUUUUGGGCAAGUGACGCCUGAAAACAGCAUGAAAUGGGAUGCAACGGAGCCUAGCCAGGGCAACUUUGACUUCUCUGGGGCAGACUGGUUGGUUAACUGGGCUGUGCAAAACGGGAAGAUGAUAAGAGGCCAUAACUUAGUCUGGCACUCCCAAAUCCCCAGCUGGGUCUGUCAGAUUACUGACAAAACCGCACUCACUAAUGCCAUGACCAAUCACAUCAAAACGGUUGUGAGUCGUUACAAGGGCAAGAUAUAUGCUUGGGACGUCGUGAAUGAACCGUUCAAUGAAGACGGCAGUUUGCGCCAGGAUUGCUUCUACAAUGUCAUUGGCCCUGACUACAUUAAGAUAGCCUUUCAGGCUGCCCGCGCGGCUGAUCCCAAUGCCAAACUCUAUGUGAAUGAUUACAACCUCGACUCCGCCACAUAUUCGAAGACUAUAGGCGUUGUCAACCAGGUGAAGCAGUGGAUCGCACAAGGGGUCCCAAUUGAUGGCAUUGGGACUGAGGAGGUCGCCAUUACUGAGCUGGACAUCCCAGGAGCCUCCCCAAAUGACUACGUAGCAGUCGCGCAAGCCUGCUUGAAUGUUCCAAAGUGCGUCGGCAUCACCUCAUGGGGCGCGUCUGACCGGGAUUCGUGGCGCUCCAGCGACACACCGGAUCUCUUUGAUACCAGUUAUAAUGCUAAGCCUGCGUACUACUCCGUGGCGAGUCUUCUCGGCAGCGUACACACCACCACUUCGGCCUCAACCGCUACCACUACAACCACCACUUCCACCACCACUACUUCCGCCCCCAGUUCUCCCACGCAGACUCACUGGGGACAGUGUGGCGGGAUAGGCUGGACGGGGCCAACACAGUGCCAGUCUCCAUACAGCUGCCAGGCACAGAAUGCUUACUAUUCCCAAUGCCUCUAA